GUGGCGCGGGGGGGAGGUGGAGGCAAGAUGGCGGCAGAAAUGGAGGAGAAGGGGUUUGAGCACAUGGGGCUGGACGGGCGCCUGCUGCGGGCGGUGGCAGAGCUGGGCUGGGCGGUGCCCACGGCCAUCCAGGCCCGUGCCAUCCCGCUGGCACUGGAGGGCAGGGACGUGCUGGCACGGGCCAGGACGGGCUCGGGCAAAACGGGCGCCUACGGCCUGCCCAUGCUGCACAAAGUGCUGGGCAUCAAGGAGGCGUCCCCGGCCGUGCCGCAGGCCGUGCGGGCGCUGGUGCUGGUGCCCACGGCGGAGCUGGCACGGCAGGUCGGGCACACCCUGCGCCGCCUCGCCGCCUUCUGCGCCCGCCAGCUGCGCGUGGCCGAGCUCUGCGGCCACUCCGACCUGGCCGAGCAGCGGCCGGUGCUGAUGGAGCGGCCGGACAUCGUGGUGGGCACGCCGGGCCGUGUCCUGGCACACGUGGCCGGGCACAGCCUGGCACUGCGGCCCAGCCUGGAGCUGCUGGUGCUGGACGAGGCCGACCUGCUGCUGUCCUUCGGCUGCGGGAGCGACAUCCGCGCCCUGCUCUGCCACCUGCCCAAGAUCUACCAGGCCAUGCUGGUGUCGGCCACGCUGAACCCCGAGCUGGAGGCGCUGCAGGAGCUGGUGCUGCACAACCCCGUGCAGGUGGUGCCCCCGGAGCCGCGCCUGCCGGGCCCUGCCCAGCUGCAGCAGCUGCAGCUGCGCUGCGGCACGGAGGAGGACAAGUUCCUGCUGCUGGCGGCGCUGCUGAAGCUGCGGCUGCUGCGGGGCCGGGCGCUGCUGUUCGUGGGCAGCCUGGCACGGGCGCUGCGCCUGCAGCUCUUCCUCGAGCAGUUCGGCAUCGCCGCCUGCGCCCUCAACCCCCAGCUGCCCGCCCGCUCCCGGUGCCACGUCAUUGCCCAGUUUAACCGGGGUCUCUACGAUUUCAUCGUGGCCACCGACGAGGAGGGACCGGCGGAGCCACCCCGGCAGCGCCCGCGCCGAGGGGACACGGCCAGGAAGGGUGGCAGCAGGGGACAGUCCCCGCCGUGUCCCCAGGACCCCGAGUUUGGGGUCUCUCGUGGCAUCGAUUUCCAGAACGUCGCCGCCGUCAUCAACUUCGAUGUCCCCAACUCGGUGGAGACGUACAUCCACCGCGUGGGCAGGACGGCGCGCGGGGACAGCCCUGGCACGGCGCUGACGCUGGCCCUGCCCGAGGAGCUGGAGCGGCUGCGGCGCAUCGAGGACGCGCUGGCGGCAGAGAACGGACAGUCCAUGCUGCAGCCCUACGAGUUCCGCAUGGAGGAGAUCGAGACGCUGCGGUACCGCUGCAGGGACGCCAUGCGCGCUGUCACCAAGCAGGCCGUGCGCGAGGCGCGGCUGCGGGAGCUGCGCCAGGAGCUGCUCAACUGCGAGAAGCUGAAGGUGUACUUUGAGGACAACCCGCGGGACCUGCAGGCCCUGAGGCACGACCGGCCCCUGCACCCGGCCAGCGUGCAGCCACACCUGCGCCACGUGCCCGACUACCUGGUGCCCCCCAGCCUCCGCGGCGUCGCCGACCCCAACCCCAAAAAGAGAAAAAACCCCCGAGGGGCCGGAGCCAAACGGGGCAGCAACAAGCCGCGCGGCUCCGGGAACCCCCUGCGGAGCUUCAGCUUCACCCGGCGCGGGCACCAGCGGGGCAAGGCUGGCACGGCCUGAGCCUGGCACACCUGGGCACACCUGGGCACACCUGGAACACCCCCUGAGCGUGGCACAGCUGGCACAGCUGGAGCACCUGGCACACCUGGCACAGCUGGAACAGCUGGAACACCACCUGAGUGGGGCACGGCCUGAGCCUGGCACAGCUGGCACACCUGGAACAGCUGGAACACCUGGCACAGCUGGCACCGCUGGAGCAACCCCUGAGGACCUGGGGCACGGACACCUGGCACAGCUGGCACAGCUGGGCACACCUGGAACACCCCCUGAGCCGGGCACGGCCUGAGCCUGGCACAGCUGGCACAGCUGGAACAGCUGGAACACCCCCUGAGUGUGGCACACCUGGCACAGCUGGCACACCUGGAGGCACGGGGAACCCCCCCGAGAACACCUGGGCACACCUGAGGAUACCUGGGGGCAGCCCUGGGUACCCCUGGGCACCCCCUGUGCCACCCUGGGGACACCAGUGUCACCCCCUGUGCCAGCCUGGGACCACCCCUGACCCCCCCGUGCCACCCUGGGCACCCCUGUGUCACCUGUGCCACCCUGGGCACCCCCGUGUCACCCCCUGUGCCACCCUGGGGACCCCGGUGUCACCCCCCGUGCCAGCCAGGUGCCCCCCGUGCCCCCCCAGCGGUUGGUGACAAAUAAAGGUGCCAAGUGUC